CUUCCAAACAAAUCAAUGAUGUGUCACUUAUCUGUCAAAGCUUCAUGCCAUAAAUUGCAUAAAGUUUUUAAUCGCUUGAACGGACCCGUGCGCGAUCUGUUUUCAAAAACUAGCUUUGGUUACUUGUUGGACCUACCAAAUCAGUGCGGAGACGAACUUCUUAUUUAUGGGUUGUUACUGCAUAUGUUGCGUCCUACUGCUGAAACAGACGCCAUUGAACGCCUAUAUUUUAGGUUUUCUAGACGUACAUUAUCAUUUGGGUCGAAGGAGUUUUGUCUGGUGACCGGAGUUUACAUGCGUCGGUGUCCUAAAUCAAGGAUCGAAUUUUCAACCAUGUAUAAACACGGAUAUGGUGAAAAUACAAUUCGGUCCAGAGUCUUCCCAUAUCGCACGAACACUUCUUUAGUUGUAGAAGAUUUAGAACUCCUUAUCUUAAACCAACGAUUCAAUGACAUAUCAGCUCAAGACGGUGUCCGUGCCAUUUUGCUAUAUAUCCUCACUCACGGUUUUUUGGAAAAGGAGCUUAAUGAUAAAGUCACCAAGGAAUAUUUACGGGUGGUGGAGAACCUGAAUCAAUGGAAUAGGUUCUUGUGGGGGAGUUAUCUAUGGAGUAAAACAUACCCUAAAUUGUCGGGUAUGUUUAAGAAAUUUGAGGAUCAUAUGUCCAACCAUCCAACAAAAGCAAUUGUGCACACAAUAUUGGGUUUUGUUAUUCCUUUGAAGUCUACCGAGCGAACUCAUACGGUGGAAAUUAACAAAAACACCGCGCGAGAAAUAAUGGCAAUACUUGAAUCUUUGGAGGAAGAAAUCGGAGGAUUGAAAAAGAAACGUGGAACUCGAGACGGUGAUGAUUUGGAACAGUUUUUUAAUGACGUUUUUGAGGGGAAUGAGGAUGUGAUAUAUAGUCCACAAAAAUCAAAUCGAAUUAACGAGGAUGCUCAUGUUGGUAAUCCACAAGAGUAUGAUUCUAGAAAACAAAUCGCGAAGGAGAAGAAAAAGAAAAAGAAGGAGGUUGUUGCUAGCGACAUUGCGGAUGCGGAAAAUCAUAUACUCAAGCCUGUUGUUAAAGAAGGUCGUCCGGUUAGGCAAUUGAAACCUUCUCAAUAUCUUAGUUCUCCUUACGUUUCGGUUCAAAAUGCCACCCGAUAUCGUACAGGCGGGGUAAUACCCAACGAACAACCGCCCCCCCCCCCUGUAUUUGUCAGCGAUCCCUCGGCACUUUUAUUGGAGCCGUAUGUGAAUCCGGGUUGUAAUGCUCAUGCUCUAUACAUGGGAAACAAACCAGCUAUUUUUUUGAAACAUCGGUUAUACAAUGAAAAAAUGGAAGCAAGGUUUUGGGAUCGACUUUUUUAUGCAAGUGACAUGGGAUUUUUAGAUGAAGCGUGGGCAGGAAGUGCAACGGGAAAUCCAUUUGACCCAUUGGAUGGAUGUAAAUAUUUGCUGGAAGUUGACCGUGUUUACUUUCCAAUAUGCAUCAACCCACAUCAUUGGGUACUUGGCGAGUUAUGGAUGGACACGUUGCCAUUGAAUUUGUACGACAGCUUUCGAUUAUUUGGCGCCGUGAAGAUUAUUGAUUUUGUUCGGUUUGAAGAGCUUAUGGACCGCAUUCUAGUGAAAAUUGAGUAUUGGAACCACAUGGGUUUGCCUGUUCAGAAAGCAUCCAUCACUGUUACGGAUGUUACGGACGUACCCCAACAAGAGGGGAUGUAUGGAGAGUGCGGUGUAUUUAUGUUGAUGUUCAUGGAGCAGCUUGUUUCAGGUCGACCAAUUGGUAUAUCGAUGGCACUUGUUGUUGCUGCUACUCAGUUUCGUUAUAGGAUGGCCAUGAUAUAUUAUGGAUCUUCUAUACAAUCGAUUUUGAGUCAGUUCAAGUUGUAUGUUUUUAGUGACAUUCAAUGUGUACUGUUUGAUGACGAUUACUUAACAAAAUUUCCCCUAAUUAUUAAACUUAAAUAA